AUGUCGACAACAGUCACCUGGGUCACCCCUCCCGCCGAGGCCCCGCCGCGUCAGCCCGAUAUCAACUAUGCCCCAGACUACGACAAGUGGCAGGCCCGCGCUGCCAGACGGGUCGCUGCUGGGGGGCUUCCCACCAGGGUCCCUGACGGCUUCCCCGAGCAGCUUACUGGGGAUGUAGUCUGGCAGGGUGAAACCCUAGCUGAUACCUAUGACUGGACGUAUGUUCUGAGCCCUGAGCAGCUGGCCGAGAUUGACGCCGCCCUGGCCCAUUUCAAAUCCCUCGAUCUCCAUUAUGGCUAUAUCACCCAGGAGACAUUUCCCCUCCCAACCCUCCACGCGGAACUCCGCCGUCUCUCCAACGAGCUACACAGCGGACACGGAUUCUUCGUCCUCCGCGGCCUCAAGGUCGACGAACACACGCGCGAAGAAAAUAUCAUCAUUUACGCCGGUGUAUCCUCCCACAUAGCCGCUCAGCGAGGCCGGCAGGAUCACAAAUACAACGGCGCCCCGGCAGACGUGGUGCUCACACACGUCAAAGACCUCAGCCGCUCUGUUGACAAUAGCAUUAUCGGAAGCCCCGCUUAUACAACGGAUAAGCAGGUGUUCCAUACCGACUCGGGGGAUAUAGUCUCGUUGUUUGCUCUCGAGACAGCAUUGCAUGGAGGCGCGAGCAAGCUUACCAGUACAUGGCGUGUGUAUAAUGAGAUUGCACGGACAAGGCCAGACCUGAUACAUACCCUGGCGGAGAGUUGGGAUAUGGAGGUGUUCGAGAAAAAUGCACCAAAACAGUGGACAGAGAGACCUCUUCUCCAUCUCCUCCCGGCAACGGAUACCGUCCCCCAGAGAGUCUCUCUCCAAUAUGGGCGACGCUAUUUCGUGGGGUUUGGUGCUCUCCCACGCAGCCCUAACAUCCCCCCUAUCAGCGAAGCCCAAGCGGAAGCACUAGACACACUGCACUUCAUCGGCGAGAGGUUCUGUGUGAAUACCGAGUUCCAAAGAGGAGACAUCCAGUACGUGAAUAACCUGGCCGUCUUCCAUGCGAGAGACGGGUUUGUGGAUAGUGCAGAGAAGCAACGCCACUUGCUACGUCUCUGGCUACGAGACCCCGAGAAUGCAUGGCAUACGCCUGAAGUAUUGGCACCCAGAUGGGCUCAGAUCUACGAGGGGGUAUCGCCAGAAUCAGAAGUAUUUCCGGAGGAACCUUUUAUUCGCAGUGCGGGAAAUAAGGGCCGAUGA